GUAACUUUUUUUCUGCGAUCGCAACUUCCAUGUUGCGAUUGGAUUUUGUUCACUUGAACAAACUUUUGACGAAAUCGAUUCAAUUCACCCCAUUUUUCUUCCUUCUUCUCUCAACAGCAACCUUCACUUCUCCUACGGCAAGAGUGCUCAUAGCUAGCCCAACAUGGCCAAGGAGCGUGCGGACAAGCCCCGCAAGGAGAAGGGUGAAAAGGCCGACAAAUCCUCUAGAGACAAAGUGAAGAAGCACAAGAAAGAGAAGAAAGUGAAGCACGAUGACGACAUUGAGAUGAACGACGCUGGGGACGAGCCUGGCAAGGUAGAAGUUUCUCCUGCAAAAUCAAGUGGAUCUUCGGUCGACAUAACACUUGAUUCCGUCGUCAAGCCUAAGAAGGCGAAAAAGGAGAAGAAGUCAAAGAAGGCUGCCGAAGAGCCGAAGACUACGACUUCAUUCAAUGAUAUGAGUCUACCUUUGCGCCCAGCCUCGAAGGACUCGAAGGACUUGGAUUCUGAUGGUGGAGCCCCUCUCUUCGCGAUCGACACGAACCCUACUCCUGUCAACUUGGACUCUCUCACAACGGCCGAGAAAAAGGACGGAAAACCUCAGCCCAAGGGUUACAACCCUCCUCCCAGCGGACUCAACCGACAAACUCGCCGACGCAUACGCCUUAUCGAGCAGCAACGCGAGAAAUUCCGGAAGAAGCUUGGCGUUCCGGAGGGCUCCUCCGAGAAGCAGGACGAAGUGCAGGCUAAGCUGGAUGCGUGGGUCGCGGACUUCGAUGGCAAGGCGGAGAUCCGCAUGAAGAAUAAACGCCAACGUAGGGAGAAGAAUGCUGCUAAGGUCCGGAACAAGAGAGGCAAGAUCCUGACGGGAGAACGUCUCAAGACCCGCCAGAAGGAGAUGCGCAAGGUGGAGAAGAAAUCGAAGAAGCACGGCGGUAUUUCCGUUACUAACGAGGCGUGAUAACCCGGAUCCCUUCUUCACUAUGUUCAUUGCAUGUCCUUUUUCCGGAACGGUUCUCGAGGCGUUAGGGGUGUGGCAAUAUGAAAAGCUUGCUUCUUUGGCACAGUUUGCUGGUUGCUCUCGGGUGACCUAUGAUCAGGGAGGGAGUUUGCUAAGGCUGUGAUGUAUGCUAGAGCAUUCACGAAAAGUCAAUACUAUGACCGUAUUAUGCAUAA